UUUCUCCCAGUCGUGCAUGCGCAGUUGAAUGACAGCGCCUUCAGCGCUAACAUUAGCCUGGUCGGGCCAAACCUGGUGCAGGACUGUCAGGUUCACUCUCAAGUCCAGUGGAAACGCCAUGGCGGCCGCGGAUCCCCGCUCUUCGAGCGACGGCAGGUCUGCUGGCAGAGGAGGAUACGAGCCUGGUGAAAGCAGCAAUGACCGAGACGGAGCUGGCGGCAGCGGUGCCGACGGCGAAAGGGAGCGAGACCGAGCCACCUUCGAGUGCAACAUUUGUCUGGAGACUGCCAGAGACGCUGUCAUCAGUAUGUGUGGACACCUGUUCUGCUGGCCCUGCCUUCAUAAAUGGCUGGAGACGCGGCCCAACAUGCAGCAGUGUCCGGUGUGCAAAGCAGGAAUCAGCAGAGAGAAAGUCAUUCCGCUGUAUGGUAGAGGGAGCUCCAGUCAGGAGGACCCCAGGUUGAAAACUCCACCGCGACCUCAAGGGCAGCGAACUGAGCCGGAGGCAAGAGGAGGGAUGUUCCCGGGUUUCGGCAACACCGGCUUCCACAUGUCUUUCGGCAUCGGUACUCUUCCCUUUGGCUUCUUCACGACAGUCUUCAACACAAAUGACCUGUUUCAAAGAGCAGAUCACUAUCCCAGCGACCACCAAGCCAACGGCAACUUAAACAACGGCAACCAGAACUGGCAAGACUCCCUCUUCCUGAUCGUCGCAGUGUUUUUCUUCUUCUGGCUGCUGAGCGUGUGAUCAUGACGACGAUGCACAAAACUCAUGGACAACAGUGGGCCGCGAUGGAGCGAAGGAAGUGUGUUAAAAUAUUGAAACCACAUUUUGCUCAGCACUCUUUCAUCCUCGAGAGAGUGUUGUUGCUGAUCGCCCCGAGAUAGUUUGAGAAAUGUGCUUUUUGUCUCAUCCUGGUACUCGUUCCAUUUGAAAUAAACACUCACUAGAAGGCAGAGGUGUUUGAUGCUCCCAAUACUUGUUAGCCUGAAAAAGACAUGGACCAAAUUGGCUGGGGUCAUGACCUCCUUUGCACUCGGUAUUAUGUGACCCGUUGAGUCUGGUCACAUGGUACUGGAACACACAUCUUUGUUGCAUUCAGUGAGUUCUUACAGUUAUAGAACAGAGUGGUUACUGCCUGUAUAGCAACUGUUAAAGGCCAAAGAGUAGCAGAGCUCUGGUAUGAAAUCAAAAGUGAUUUCCAGUUCACCAUCCACAGGAAAUAUGCCUGUCGAACGACGACUCGCUGGGCAGAGAGAUGUUGUCUUAACCCACACUGCCACUACACUGUGAGCUUGUUUGUCGAGCAAAUGUCUGGAGCUUGAGCUCAACACAGACUGAUUUUCGAUGAUGUACAAUUGUGUUUGCUUGAGGAAAACAAUGGAAUUAUAUUUCAAUUAACUCCCAAGAUUCCAAUGAUGAUCUUAGCUCAUCUCGUUUUACAGAACUGAAAAUUUUCAAUUUCAGCUCUCCUCUCUCUCCUCAAGUGAAUUUAUUUAUUACAAAUUGAAAUGAAUUGAGCGUGCUGCCCAAUGACAUGCAAAUUCAUAUUCAUUUUCUUAACUAGACCUGUAAAUAUAAUAUCAUUUUUGUGUGCGUGUGGGUGAGCAGCAAUGGAGGAAUUUUAACUCACUUUUGGUUCAUGUUUGGUUGCUAGCUGAUUUGUAAGAGGACACGAGUUCAUGAUCGACGUAGAUGAUAAAAUCAUCCUUCGUAACCUUCGUGUGUUCCCUAAUCUACAUGGCUGUUUGACAUUAGGGUGAAAGGUCAUCUGUCUGUGCUCAUUUCCUACUGGCUGUUCAACACUUUGUAGUUUCAUGUGGCUGUGACUGAACAACUGGUGGAGUUGGUGUCUGUGAAUAAAGUUUGAUUACAGAACUAGUGCGUUCUCCUGACUCAGAACUAAUUGUUGCUAAGAAACAUUUCAAAUAUAUUGAUGUAAUGUUGUUGCUACCGUUUUGUUCUUCAAUAAGAUGGCAAUAUAUAAACAACAGUUCUCUGGC